AUGCCUUGCGGAGGGAAGUGCAGCGCCUGCUCGAUCCGCCUCAACGCAGACCUUCAGCACCAACAGCGUGAUGCUGCAACCAACAACAGACCACAACCUCCCAGCAAGAUUUCGAUUUCCGGAGGCGUCGUCGUUGCAGCGCCACCGCCGCCACUACCGCGGCACCAAAACCAACGAGCCCCUUCAGCUCCGAGCACAAGCCCCGUGAGCAAGGCCACUGCGCUGGUUGACAUGUACAACUCGCUGCAGACCGGCAACAAGAAGUCGUCAAAGCACACAGACCAAAGCAGAAGCCAUCAGCACCAUAGCAGCAUUGUUGACGAGCUGCAGAACCGCUCCAGGCACCUGCUAGCGAUCAAAGCGGGUGUGGAAACAAAAGCAGAGUUCAUCAACCAUCUCAUCAACAAAAUCCACACUAGUACUUACACUGGUGUGGAACAAGUAGUCACCUUUGUGGACUGGCUGGACCAACAACUUUCUACUCUGUCUGAUGAGACAGCCGUCUUGAAGCACUUCAACUGGCCUGAGAGGAAAGCUGAUGCACUUCGUGAAGCGGCAUCUGAAUACCGACACCUCAAGUGUCUUCUAACAGAGAUCUCUUCCUUGAGAGACGGAGAAGAUGGUGGUAGUGGUAGUGAGGCGACAGCCACUCGCAGGAAGAUUUCAAGCUUGCUAGACAAGUACGUGUGGCAACAGCAGUCUUCAAUAAAUACUUUGUACAAGUAUUUUUUUUUCAAUGCCAUUGCCACCAAACUCAAGAUAUAUAUGAGCCCUAUUCGAUCUGCUCUUCAGAUUGGAGAAGAGCAUGGGCAGAUUGGUGAAUCUAAGGAGAUCGGUGAUGUCGUCCUACAAAGAGUUGAGGAUUCCGACUGA